AUGGCCAAGCAAUACGACGUGCUCUUUCGCCUGCUGCUCAUCGGGGACUCCGGCGUGGGCAAGACCUGCUUGUUGUGCCGCUUCACUGACAACGAGUUCCACCCUUCGCACAUCUCUACCAUCGGAGUUGAUUUUAAAAUGAAGACUAUAGAAGUAGAUGGAAUUAAGGUCCGAAUCCAGAUCUGGGACACUGCAGGCCAGGAACGAUACCAAACAAUCACUAAACAGUACUACAGACGUGCCCAGGGGAUAUUUUUGGUUUACGACAUUAGCAGUGAGCGCUCAUAUCAGCACAUAAUGAAAUGGGCCAGCGAUGUGGACGAAUAUGCUCCAGAUGGUGUCCAGAAGAUCCUUAUUGGGAAUAAAGCAGAUGAAGAGCAGAAGAGGCAGGUGGGCCGAGAGCAAGGCCUCCAGCUAGCCAAGGAAUAUGGCAUGGAUUUCUAUGAAACAAGUGCCUGUACCAACUUGAACAUCAAAGAGUCUUUCACCCGUCUGACAGAGCUGGUCCUGCAGGCUCACAAGAAGGAACUGGAAGGACUCCGCACUUACGCAGCUGAUGAACUGAAUGUGGUCGAGCUGGAAGAAGAAGCAAGCAAGCCGGAGGGCUCAGAGCAUUCUCCCAAAACCUGCUGGUGUUGAAAGCCUCCCAGCAUCCUUUUUUCCCCACACCCCCAGUGCAGGUAGAAAAGUUGCCACUUAGAGAGGGCUGACUCGCUGUACUCUAUCCCUCUUGUCUUUGGUUGCCUGUUUGCCCGCCAUCUGCCCUGUGGGAUCCUCUUUGCAUUUUCCUGGUGUUUUUCCUUGAUUGGUAGUUUCUGUUGCCCUCAAACUCCCUGGAUCCAAAUACCUUCAGAUGGCUCACAAUAUGCAGAACGUGACCCUGCUGUCUUCAUGGGAGAGCUGUGGUUAGCAGUCAUGGCUGAGGCUUGUCCAAUAAUUCAUCUGACUCCAGAUUCUCUGAAGCCUUGCCUAUUUCUGUGGGGUAGCCUGCUUGGGGCUAGGCCUGCUCCCUAAGAGCGGGAGAAGGAGUCUCUCUGUCCCAUUCACUGUCCUCCAGCCAUAUCCUCUAUAGCAGGCCUGUAGAUGGCUCUUUUCCUCCACGUGCUUUGCCAUCCCGUUUCUGGAUUGUCCAAAUGCUUGUGCAGCAUUGCACUUGGGGCUUUCCAGCUGCUUUAGGUGCAACCUUCCUAUUUCUGAUACUGGGUU